AUGUCUGGGCUCAUAACCCCGAUAGACUCGUUACCCAACGAGAUCCUGAUCGCGAUCCUAUCCACCUUCGAAUCCCGCGAGCUGCUCCCCUUGACCCUCGUCGACCGCCGCUUCAAUGCAACCUCCACCACUAUCCUGCAACACCGUCUGCUACACACGGCUAAGCUGGAAGGACACGAGAUGAUUCUGGAGAGCUAUCACCCGAGUGCCAAGUUAUCAACCCCUUCCAUCUCAUGUCGCUUUAUGGGAGUCGACUUCCUAAAUCGCACGUGGGCCGGUGAAGAGGACUUGGAUUUGUGCGACCUCUCUCAGCUGUACUCGCACUUUCUUCCAGUUGUCUCGGAAGAGACACGGCGCAUGCGGAGGAUAUACUCCGGCCGCAUGCCCGGUGCCCCGGCUCCACAAGAAGAUGUCGGCGACCAGCCAGUCACCCAAGAAGUCUGCCUGGAUGAGGGCGAGCUGUUUUCGCAGCUCUGUACAACAACCAGCUUGGUUAAGACGGGCCCAAGUCCCGGCAUCUUCGCUAGCCAUAGCAAUAUUGAAAACAGCGUAGUGCGUGUCUGGAGACAUUGGCUUCAGCGGAUGUCGGUCAAGUGCGCCGUUGCACCGGCCGGCGAGCAGCAGCGCGACGAGAGCACCAUUUUGUGGGCUGACACCACCAAAAACGUAGGCCUACGAUUUAGUGUCACUUCGAUCACCCCGGGGCGGACGGCGGCCCCCCGCUUCACGGAUGAGGAUCCGCCCGUCACAUAUUCUCUUCGAUACGAAGGUGAGUUUGGCGUCUUGAACUAUCACGUCCCACGCAGCAAGCAGCUGACGAUGCCAACAGAGUUGCUGGUUCGCACAAGCCAAGUGUUGCUGGCUAUGGAGAAGUCAGCGGUGCAGGAGGUUGUCGAUUCAGGUUUCGUCAUGCAACUCGACACCAAGAGUGCCCACGCGGUCGAGACGGUCUUAAUGGCGCCUGCCAUGCGACCUUACUUCCCACACGCCGUUGCUGUCAUGUAA